GCGUGAACCUGAAUGGAGCGUGCUGUGGACAGCCCAAAUUCCGCGAAGGAAGGGUGGACAAGAACAAAGCAUAAAACAAGAAUAAAAACAAGCGAAUCAGUUUUGUGUCAGUCACUCCAAAGAACUGUUUAAAAACUCGACUCGUUCACGCACGUCACCGCUCUUAUUUGUUACCGUAACACCUGACAUAAGUGUGCAAGCGCAAUCUAAAGCUGUUGAGGGCUACUAACCUCCGGCGUGUUUUGCCGCAGAGUGGACUUAUUCGUCGCCGAUUGUGUCAGCACAGGACCCGAAGUUUCGAAGCAUCAUGGAGGAAGAGGAAACUGUGACGCAGCCUGAAGGUGACAUGGAGUCCCCCUUUACCGCGGACACUUACGCUGCCGAGGCCAUGGCUGCAGACAUGGACCCUUGGAUCGUGUUCGACACCAGAAGAACUCCUAAGUCAGAAUUCGACGGCUGGCUGGAGAGCAACAGACCCUCCCAAGUAUGCAGAUAUGGUGACGAGGAGUGCGGUGUGAGCCCCGUGGGCUGGAUUGCCGUGCUGGGCCCCGAUCACUGCCCCAGCAGCGGGGAUGUCAGUGGUCUCCAAGAGGACUGGGAGAAGCUGGUAUCUAGCGGGCGGCCGGUCAACUUUCACUCAGUCAGGGAGCUGGCCCUCAACCAUGGGGUCUUAUCCGGCAAGUGGCUCAUGCACAUGGACUGCGGCUUCAAGGUAGACCACGCAUGGGAGUGUGUGGCUCGUGCCACCCUGGACGGCAAGAUCUGCCAGGUCAAGGUUAGUCCUCACGACCCUGUCAAAGGUGGCAAGCAGGUCAUCUGCGCUUACAACCACAACUUUACUGACGAGAGUGACGUGGUACGGUUGGAUGCACACAUCCGAGCCUCAGGGGUCAAGUGUCCUCUGGUCUACAAGCCAGACGUGUACACCUACCUGGGGAUCUACCGCAACAACCGCUGGAAGAUCUGUCCCACCAUCUACGAGAGCAGAUUCAACCUGGAGUGUGUUCCCAGGCGCUCACACAUAAUCAACAAAGUUACCAAUAUGGAGGUCACUUAGGCUGCUUUGCAUCGUGGAUCCAGUUCUUCCUGCACAAAAUUCAUUUGCAUUCUUGAGUCCUUACAUCGACAGGGUGGGCUUUGCACAUUUUUGAAGCGUGACGCCCUGCCAAGCAUUUACAUUUGUCUCAUUUUAAUACUUGACCACAGCUACAUACUUGCCAAAUAAAAGUGAACCUUUAAGACCAUCAACUGACUUCCAGAACACACAAUUACACCACAAGACAUCGCUAUACAUCUUUUAUUACAUAUUACACACACAUGUGCAUAUCCAUAUAUAUAAAAUCAUAAGAACCAACAUUUUUCACAUAGGACCACAUACUGAAAAGCCUGCAAGUCUUGUGAGCAUUCUCAUUCAUUAAAGCAUUGUUUUCUCAGGGUAUUAAUUGCAACUGGACUGUUCAGACAUUUGGCCUCUCAUAUGAGCAAUUAAGGCCUUUGAAUGUAAAAUUAUCACUCAAAUAAUUUGGUGGGUGUAUUAAAAAUGUAUUAAUGCUACAUUUAAAUCCGUAAAAAUGAGUCUUUCAGGAGACUAUAACAACUACAAAAUGGAAUUAAGGAAGAAGGCCGAAGCACUGCAGGUUUUUUUUUCCAACCAGUUUCUCCAGCAGGUGAUUUCAUUGACAAGCUCCUUCCCUCAAACCAAAGGAGGGUUAAUCAUUAAAAGUGACCGGCUGGAAAGAAAAUGGCCCUCCAUGGCAUAAGUUUGACACCCCUGCUCUAAAAGUAAAGACAUGCCCAAGUUUGAGAAUGAACUGAUGAAGCCAAAGAGCUCUUAAGAUAACCAUAACAGUCCAGUUGUGAUCAGCCCUGGGAAUACUGAAAAGGCAUUUAGAUUUUUUUUUUAAGUGUGAAAACAGGCCAAAACCAAUCCAGUGAAUCCAGAAAAAACAGCCUGCAUCUGUGUCAUCGCAGACAAAACUAAUAUUUCUUAACUAUAAAACGUAAUUCUGAUGAAGUUGGAAUUUGUUUUAAACAUAAAUAGAAACAGAAUACAAUGAUUUGCAAAUCCCUUUCAACCUAUAUUCGGUUGAAUACACUACAAAGACAAGACCGUUAAUGUUCAAACCUAAACUUUGUGUAUAAUUAUAACUGAAAAAUUUGAGGCUGCAACAUUCAUUCAUUCAUUUUCUACCGCUUUUUCCUCACGGGGAUGCUGGAGCCUAUCCCAGCUGUCUUCGGGCGAGAGGCGGGGUACACCCUGGACUGACUGGUCGCCAGCCAAUCACAGGGCACAUAUAGACAAACAACCAUUCACACUCACAUUCAUACCUAUGGACAAUUUGGAGUGGCCAAUUAACUUUGCAUUUUUUUGGAAUGUGGGCGGAAACCGGAGUACCUGGAGAAAACCCACGCAUGCACGGGGAGAACAUGCAAACUCCACACAGAGAUGGCCGAGGGUGGAAUUGAACCCGGGUCUCCUAGCUGUGAAGUCUGCGCGCUAACCACUAGACCGCCAUGCCGCCAAGGCUGCAACAUGUUCCACAAAAGUUGGGACAGGGGGCAUGUUUACCACUGUUACAUUACCUUUCCUUUUAACACCACUCCAACGUUUAGGAACUGAAGACGCUAAUUGUUGAAGCUGUGGAAUUCUGUCCCAUUCUUCAGUGUCAUCUGAGGGAUCCAAGAUCACGGGUAUUCAUUGUUGGUUUUCAGCCUUCACCGCUGAUAUGCACGGAUUUCUCCCAAUUCUUGGAACGUUUUAAUGAUAUUAUGGACCGUAGAUGAUGAAACCUACAAAAUCCUUGCAAUUGUUCGUUAAGAAACAUUGUUCUUAAACAGUUCAUUCGCUCAUGCGGGUCACAAAGUGGUGAACCUCACCCAAUUCUUGCUUGUGAAGGACAUUUCAGGGAAGCUCCUUUUAUACCCAUUCAUGGCACCCACCUGUUCACCUGUGUGAUGUUCCAAUUAGGUGUUUCAUGAGCAUUCCUCAACUUUGUCAGUCUUUUUGGCUACAUGUCCCAGCUUUUUUGGAACGUGUUGUUCCAAAAAACCAUAAUUAUUGUUAUGUUCGGGUAUCCCGGCCUAUCCCAGCUGUCUUUGGGCGAGAGGCGGGGUACACCCUGGACUGGUCGCCAGCCAAUCACAGGGCACAUAUAGACAAACAACCAUUCACACUCACAUUCAUACCUAUGGACAAUUUGGAGUCGCCAAUUAACCUAGCAUGUUUUUGGAAUGUGGGAGGAAACCGGAGUACCCGGAGAAAACCCACGCAUGCACAGGGGAAAACAUGCAAACUCUACACAGAGAUGGCCGAGGGUGGAAUCAAACUCGGGUCUCCUUGCUGUGUGGCCUGCGCGCUAACCACUCGUCCGCAUCUAAUUCCAAAUGAGGUAAUAAUUGCAAAAAAAACAAAGUCUACUAGUUUGAACAUUCUGUCUUUGUAGUGUAUUAAAUUUAAUACAUUAGAUUGAAAAAUAAUUGUACUGUUUUUAUUCAUAAUUUAUACAUCGUCCCAACUUCAUUGGAAUUGGGUUUUGUAUUUGAAUGUAACUUUUUUCCUGUUACAUGUGGUGUGUUUAACAAUGUACCACAAGCCAUUGGGCUGCACUUUGAACGACCCUGACCUACAAUUCUGAAUUUGUUUGUCUGCCACCAUUUUUGGUGUAAAAUAAGUGAUAAAAAUCAGUCUUUCUUUGUGAGAUAUUUACAAAGUAGACCUUCAUUUUUGUUCAAGAAAAGCAAUACGAGGAGUAUUUGAAAAAAAAAAUGGGUGCAUAGACUUCCUGGUUUACACUUUCUGCGCUGGGGUUGAACAUAUGCUGUGCAUUUCACUGACAUGCUAGGGGUGUUGUCUUCUGAUGAGUCAACUCAACUCAACUUCCCGUACUCAAUAAUUAGCUGGCUUGUUAGCUUCCUUUGUUGCUAAUGAACGUUAGUCCCUUUUAUUGCAAAUGUUGAUUCCAAAACCGGAGGAGGUGGGCUGUACGCCUCUGAACAAAGAUAUACUAGUAAUGUACUUUAAAAAAGAAAUGACCAAAGACGGCGUCACACCAUGCGAGAAGGUUUGCAGGGAGAGGAGCACGUUUGCCUACUGUAUGCAGGCACAUACACACUGAAACAUAGAACUGAUCAUCUCUUUUGGCUGUGUCUCAAUUGUGUCUCAUUUUGUGCAAAAAUUGCAUUCACACUGACAUGUAUGGCAAAAUGUCAGUAGCUAGAUGUUGCACUAAACAUCCAAAAUAAUGGGUGUUCAAUGCCGGUCACUUGCCAUCUAUUUACCAUUUACUACAUCUGUUUAAUUACCACAGUGGCUGUCUUGGCUACGUAGGGGCGGGGGUGGGAAUUAUUCAGUAUUCAGUAUUAAAAAGAAGAGAAGUAGUAGCAGGUAAAUAUUGCGACUGUCAUUUCCGACCAGUAAAUGAUGAUGUAUAUCAAUUUGGGACAGCACACAAAUGUGUGUAAUCAGGAAGUAAGUCUACACAGUACACUUAUUGAAGUGUAAUGAUGAAAGUAUUCCAUCAGUCAUUGUGCAUUAAUAGUGACCUGUCAUUUAAAAUACUUAAACAACAAGGCCUUGUUUGUGGUUUCCCCCCUGAAAAUCAACAGUCUGCUGGUGUGGCCUUCAUGUCUUCCUAGCUUUAUAAAAAAGAGGCUAAAAAUACACAAGUGGUGUGAGUGACUAUUUUAGGUGGGGUGUCCUGACACAAACCCAGCUUGGCUAUCACUGGCUAAAAUGGAAAUUAGAUGAUCCUCGUCCACUGAAAAGAGGUCUUCAUAUUCUUCCAGCAGAGCAGGCCGCCGCUGGCUUCUGCUGUUGCUGCUGCUGCUGUUGUUGUUGUUAGAUAAAACGUCCAUCAUGCUCUCGUUCUGCAGCAGGGUGACAAUGCUGUUGGGAUAAUUCAUCCAAGUGCUUCCUGGGUUGCCAGCCAGGUCUGGAGUGUUCUGGGAUGCCAUCGCCGUUUGUUGACCGGCGGCACCAUUGCCACUCUCGUGCACCGGUUUCAAAAGGUCCACAAAGUCAUUCAUAUCUAGGCUGUCCAGCGUUCCUGGAGCCUGGUCUUCUGAAAAGUCAGGGAACUCAUCCUCAGCGAGAGACGCGUCAGCCGGGAACUGAGAACCCUGGUAAGAGAAGGAGCUGGCCGACUGCGUUGAGGCUGCCGGCUCCUGGGUGAUGACCGAGGAGAUGUUAGGGAAGAACUCCUGAAGGUCUGACAGAUUGACGGUGGAGUAGUCCUGGUUGGAAGAUGACGAAGAAGCGGUUGAUUGGCUCAUGCCGAGAGUCACCACUGGAGUGACUUUGGGCUGUGGGCCCAGGUUCAAGCUCUCCAUGAUCUUCCACGUUUGGCUGGUGGCCGAGCUGGAAGAAGCAGAGGCCUGGACUUUGGGCUGGCAUGAGAACAUCUGGCUUUGCUGCAUGUACGAAAGGGGCGGCUGCUGUUUGGCUACACUGGCACAAGGGGGCACUGUGGUGGGCAGAAGGCAACAAUCAUUCAAACUCAACUCUAGAACAGAUAUAAUUCAUGAUUUUACUAAUAUACAGUAAACCUCGGAUAUAUCGGACUCGGAUAUAUCGGAAAUUCGCUCACAACGGACAGAUAAAAAAGAACCAAUUUUUCUGUAAUGCAUUUCCAAUAAAAAUUCAUUGCAUAUAUCGGAUUUUUUAUAACGGAUUUCGCCCAUUUCGGACAAAAUCUCCAGUCCCGUUCCAAUGCAUUUCCAUUAAAUUUCCCUGGCAUAUAUCGGAUGGCCGCAUCGUGGCGCUCCGAUUCGCCGAAUCGUGACAGGCCGCUACACGACGUCAUUUGCAGCGUUUGCAGCGUUGCCUGCGCGUCCAGGUACAUUGGAAACAUAGUCAAGGAAGUGCCUUUUUAUAACGGAUAAAAUCCGAUUUACGCAUAUACCGGAUAUAAAUCCGAUAUAUGCGUAAAACGGACAUUUUCCGGGAAGUGCCUUUUUAUAACGGAUCAAAUCCGAUUUACGCAUAUACCGGAUAUAAAUCCGAUAUAUGCGUAAAACGGACAUUUUCCGGUAUACGCAUAUAACGGAUUUCGCUUAUAUCGGACAAAACCAGUGGGAACAAUUGAAUCCGAUAUAUCCGAGGUUUACUGUACUACAAUAUUUUGUUAUGUUAAUGGUUUAACUUGCUUAACAGGGCCACAUAUAGGUUUAAUGUUACUCCACAAUUAACAUAGUAAACAUCCCAGGAUAUGGCUUACCGAAAAUGACAGGGAUCUACUAAAUGGUUAAUUUGCAUAUGACUCCUAAUUGCUCAGCAACAACAACAUGCAAGGAAGAGGACACUCACAAGCUUGGGCCAUGGAUGAAGUUUUUGUUGCCACAGGCCUCCGGGCUGGACUAAUAUGUCGCCUGUCUGGUGGAAUGGACACUGAAACCCCGGCAGGCGUACAUACUUUUAUUCUCAUUAUAAGUAUUACUCUUAUACUACUACAAUGACUAUAUUCAAGUGCUGUGUAAUAAGUGUCAUACCUGUAGACAGCACAGGUCCCAGUUUAAUAUUCUGGAACAUAUCAGCAGUGCGUUUUCUUUUCUCACUCAGACUGUAUUCAUCUGCAGAAGAAACAUACAAUGCUUCAGUACCAGAAAUCAAAUUUGCAGGACGAAAAGCGUGAGACUCGUACCCCGGUCAGCAGGCAAGUACUGGAAAUCCAUGGGCUCGCUGACCUCGCGAUCCGACGGCCGACGUAGCUGCACUUUAACCCGCACGGGCUCAGUGAGGUUGGUGUGGCGGUACGGCGGCGUGCGGAAUACAAUGGCCACCUGCCUGUGGACGUCCGCUUGGGAGAAAGUACCCUUUCCCUCCCAGCUGUCCUGAAAGAAGCGCACCUCAAUGUCCUCUGUGAGAGCAGAAACACAUUAUCAUUACAUGUCAAUGUAGUUGGUGUGUCAAAUGAUUACACAUUUUCAGAUUAAUCAGUUUAUGAAUCAACAACUAAUUUCGAUU